GCGGUGACGUCAGCGUGAACCCAGUCCGGCUCGUCUUGUCAGUUGUCAACAUGGCGGCGGUGGAUGUCAUUGUGGACAACUUGGCGACUCUCUGGAGGAUACCAGCCGUCAAACAAAACUUCCCCUGGAUAUUUUUACUCAUCUCAGCCGUGGGAUCGAUCCUGAAAGAGCUGGAGCUCGUCCCGCAGACUUAUUUCAGCAGCAGCAGAAACGCCCUGAACGUGUAUUUUGUCAAAGUGUCCUGGGGAUGGACGUUGCUGCUGCUGACCCCCUUCCUCCUCCUCUCCAACUCCUCCUUCAGCAGGAGCGUGACCUUCCUCAGCCGGCGUCUGCUCUCUCUGGUGGUGGCCACAGUCGUCUGGUACGUCUGCACCGAGACCUUCUUCUACAUCGAGGACGCGACCGGCUCGUGUUAUGAAACUGAUUCCAUGGAUGUUAUCAAGAAUGAGUUCACAACCAAGGCCGGCUGCAGGCGGGCCGGCUUCCGUUGGCAUGGCUACGACAUCUCGGGACACUCCUUCAUCCUGGCCUACUCGGCUCUCUUUAUCGUGGAGGAAACGGCGCCCAUGGCCUCCCUGAAGACAGCCAGCCUGUCUUCCCUGCCCAGGACGGUCCUCAACCUCCUGUACGUGGCCUUGAAUCUGAUCGUCAUCAUUUGGGUGUGGAUGUUUGCCUGUACCUCUGUGUACUUCCAUGACCCCUCUCACAAGUUGCUCGGGACCAUUUGUGGCCUCCUGGGGUGGCAUCUGACAUAUCGGGUUUGGUAUUUGAAUCCUUUGUCACCCGGACUCCCCCCUCAGCGCCACCCGAAAGAACAGAAAGAACACGCCUGAGCUGCAGCCAUACUUUCCUGUACAAUUCCAAUGCUAGAGCAUCAACAAUCCUCCAAAUAUCACACUACAGUUGACGUUAUCUGCCCACGGGUCCAAGCAGGCCAAAGCUAUUUGAAGCUAUUUUAAGUUAUUCCCUCCUCCCAGAGGGGCUCAUUUUGUACAGGAUGACUCGGCUUGCAGUUCCUCCAUGGUGUUUGGCAGCUGCUGCUCCCAAAAUGACUCUUGGUAAUCCGAGACAAAAGCAAGACGCCGCUCUGCUGCCCAGCUUCAGCCUCUCACCUUCAGCCUCCGAGGCUCGCAUGCUACACCGUCCUUUGUCUCCCAGUCCGUUGCCUUAUAGUGCUUAACUCAGAGGAAUCACAGUUUUAGAUGUUUGUGAGGGAACACUUAGGAAUGUUUACAGCUCCAAUUUGAUAGCACUGACAAUGUGUAAACUUUCAGACCAAUGUUAAGUAGAUACUGAUUGUUUUUAUAGGAAACUACUACUGCACAUCAGAACAAAGUCAGACUCUAGUGGACCCACAUUUCAUCCUACAUGUAGGAUUGAUGUGUGCUUUCCAUUUCUUAUUAUACGUGGUUUUAAUGUAAUUGUGUGUCAACAGAAAAACUAGAGUUUGAAUAAUAGGAUUCUAAUAUAUUAUCUCCCUAAUGGUUUACUGCUUAUUUAAAAAAAAAGGUGAAAAAUAUCCUUCACACUUUUCUUAAUGCCAGAAUAAAAACUUCAGAUGACUUUCAAAGAAGGUCAAAGAAGAGCUGUUCAGCUUUUAUGACUUAUUAUAAUCAACAAAAAAUGCUUCUAGCCAAAUGUUCUGUUGGUGUUCUAAUUGAUUAAUCGAGUAAUUUUUCAGUUGUAAUCUUUUGUCAACAACGCCGAGAAAAGACCACAGCUGAAGUCAGAAGUAUUUUCAGAUAUCACCAAAGCCCGUUCGUAGAUUUCCUCGGUGCCACAGAGCUGCGUUGUGUCUCAAAAAUCUGUUAAAUGUGUGUUCAUGAUUAACAAGGACAAUGGAGUGCCUUCUCCGUCGCACGCAUACUGUGCUGUUGCCAUAGAUACUCACUCGUUUACCAAAUGUGUGAAAAUAGAACCCAAGAAAUGUUGAUCUAUCAUUUGAGUAAAGUUUGCAACAACAAAAAAACACCAGAGAACAGAUUUAA